UCUAGUACUGGCCUCUGACAGAAGAUAGGAUACUGAACUAAAUGGACCUUUGGUCUGACCCAGCAUGGCCAUUCUUAUGUUAUUAAAUCCUUUCCACCAACCACGUCACACCACAGACAGGCUUACACAGGAGCUGAUCCCUACAACAAACCCUGUUGCCAACUCUUUCCACAUAUUUAUUUUAAGCUACAGUAUACAGGACCUAACCAAAUAAGCCCCCUUAUCGGGGGCUCAUACAGUUGCAUAUCCUUUUGUGAUAUAUGCCAGCAAUAUCCCUCUGCCAUAUAUAUUGUAAAAACUAUAGAGUCUCUAGAACAAAGGAUAAAUAGACACAAAUCAGAUAUCAGGAAUGGUAACACACAUAAACCUGUAGAAUAACAUUUUAACCUGCCUAGUCAUUGAGCCAUGGAUUUAAAAGUAGCCAUUCUUCUACAAUGGAGUUGCACUAACCAAUUACAGAGAGAGUCAGCAGAACUGGAGUUCAUCUGUAGAUUUCACACCAUUGUGCUGGUCUUGAACAAAAACAUUAACAGGGUGGUGCAUUACAAAGCUAAUUUCUCCUACAUUUCCACAUUAAAAAAUCUGUAUGGGCCACAUCCAGCCCACUUAAAUAGCCUCAUUUACACAGGUCCUUACAGUUGACAGACUUCUGUUGUUACAUAUAUGUCUUGAUUUCUGUUGUUUCCACUCCAGCUUACCUGAUGUCAGUUUUACCCACAAAAGCUCACGAUUUUAUAUAUUUUGAUUAAUCUCUAAGGUGUCACAGGACUACUUGUUUUUAAAGAAGCGAAAGGAAAAGGAAGCAAAAGGAAGAUUAUAAUACUCAGAACAAUUUAGGGACGUAGUAGAUUCUCCAUUGCAUGCAAUGUUAAAUCAGUACUCUGUCUUUCUAAAAGGAGAUCCUGUAGCUCUAACAGAAGUUAUGGAGCAAGGAUGCCCAGUAAGAAAGUUAACUGGUUAAAUUAUAUAAUUUAACUGUGGAGGGAUGGUGGGCUCCAGUGGCUGGGGUCUUAUGGCCAGCCAGUCACAGGCAGUGGGGCUGAUCCAGCUCACCAGUUAUCUGGUAAGCAUGCUGGUAAGUUUAAUGCUUACUGGGUAACUGUUUAACCUUUUAUAUCCCUAUCACAGACUGGAUAUUGAAUUUAUUGGUUGAGAUUUUGGCCUCAGUUUGUCAUCCUGUAUAACAAAGUGAUCCUAAUGGUCCUGCUGACCUUAAAAUUUACAACUAACAUAAUAAAAUAUGCAUAAAUAAAUAAGCAUUAAAGUUUGUGUAUAUAGGUUGUUUUUAAUUCAAAACCUUAUUAAUGCCACCAUCCUUUCUUCCCCCCAACUUAUUAGUUUGAUAGAUACCUAUUUUUAUCAUGUUGGACUUGUACACAGCAGACUAUUUUUACUUGGUUUUGUAAGACAUUAAUUAGUAUUUUAAAAAUGACUUAUUUACAUUUUUCUCUUAUACGCAGGCAUAUUUUGUGUAAUAUAAAGAGUAUAAGAAAGGUGGUAUCAGAAACAACUUGAGUGGUGAGCUUUGGCAGGAAGUACAAUUCUUCACGUUAACUCAAACCAACAUACAAACAAUUGUUAAAAUUAGUAUUGGAAAAAUAUUUAAUGAGAAGUAGUGGCUUUAUCGUUUUGAACAAAACACUGAGGAAAAUGUUUCUUUUGUAACAUUUUACCUUAGUAAGGUCACUUUUGCUAAUUUAAAUGCUUUUCAGUUUUUCUGAUAGAUGCAAAAGACUGUGUGAUUUUACAGUAAGUUUUUACAGUAUCAUCCUCUUGCCAGACAAUUUGAAAUUGUUUGCAGAAUUGUUGCUGUGUUGGGUCCUAGGAUAUUAUACUAACAAAGUGGGCGAGGUAAUACCUUUUUAUUGGACCAAAUUCUGUUGAUGAGGGAGACAAGCUUUCGAUCUUACACAGAGCUCUGUGUGUCCCAAACCUGAAGAAGAGAUCUGUGUAUGUUUGAAAGCUUGUUUCACUCACCAAUAGAAGCUGGUCCAAUAAAAAGUUGGUCAUUUCAGAUAUAUUUUCUCUGUCUCUCUAAAUAUAGAGAAAAGUUUUUCCUGACGGGCAACAGAAUGAUGUCAUCAUACUCUUGUGCUCUCUGGCUGUGAAAGCCACUAGAGAAAGAGUGGUUGGUGAGUGUAGUGAGCACUGGGUGCAGCCCGCUAUUAAAACAAAAAGUUACUUACUGCAGUUUUAGCCAAAUUCAAUGAUUUUAGUAGAGAGGAACAAGUGGUUUUUUUUUUGUUUGUUUGUUUUUAAAUACACGUUUUUCUGUUUUAAUCUGAGACCCACUUCAUGCAAAGUUAAUAUCAGUCAUAACGUUUAGCUUGUACAUUUGAAACAGAUAUUUACAGUGUGUAAUAAUAAAAAGGCUUUUUUUUGUAGUGUUCUUCGUUUUCAUUAAAAAUGCAGUGAAAGGUGGAAGAACGGUGGGGAACAAACUCCAGUGUGUUGAUGUGAUGGCAAGCUACAUGACUUGACCCAAGAGUGGCUGACUUUGUGGUUCCAACAGUGCUGAAAUUCUUGAGAACCAACAGCAGUGAAUGUUUUCACUCUUGCUUUAGAGUGAAUACUAAAACUACCAACCAGCCUUUCUUGAAAUUUUUGUGGCCGAAUCCUUGGUGGAGGUUACAUAGAUACAUGUUUUCAUGAAGAGAAGUGAGAAGCCAGAAGGAUAUAGACAAAUGAGGCCUAAGACUUUUCCUGCUAGUAACUACACUGGCAGCAGCCGGCAAAUGUUACAAGAAAUACGGGAGAGCCUUAGGAAUUUGCCUAAGCCCUCCGAUGCUGCUAAGGCUGAGCACAAUAUGGGUAAAAUGUCAGCUGAAGAUCCCAGACAAGGCCGUAAUCCCCCCAAAUUUGUAACAUACCAUAAAGCUUUGCAAGAAAUUCGAAACUCUCUGCAGCCUUUUGCAAAUGAAACCAGCUCCUCAGCAAGGGGAACGUCAGAAAUCAAUCGACAAAUGCUGCAAGACUUACAAGCUGCUGGAUUUGAUGAGGAUAUGGUUGUACGAGCUCUUAGGCAAACUAACAGCCGUAGUAUAGAAGCAGCAAUUGAAUUCAUUAGUAAAAUGAGCUACCAAGAUGCUCGUCGGGAGCAGAUGGCUGCAGCAGCAGCCAGACCUAUUAAUUCAGGUAUGAAACCACCAGCAGGUGGUGUGCAGCAAUCAGUUAACCGCAAACAGAGCUGGAAAGGUUCUAAAGAGUCCUUGAUACCUCAGAGACAUGGCCCUCCAUUGGGAGAUAGUGUAGUUUAUCGUUCAGAAAGUCCUAGUUCUCAGUCAGAUGUAGGAAGGCCUUUAUCUGGCUCUGGAUUAGCAGCGUUUUCUCAGGCUCAUCCUGGCAAUGGACAAAGAGUGAAUCCACCACCUCCACCACAAGUAAGAAGUGUUACUCCCCCUCCUCCACCUCCAAGAGGGCAGACUCCUCCGCCAAGAGGAACAACGCCUCCACCUCCUUCUUGGGAACCAAAUGCUCAAACAAAACGUUAUUCUGGAAGCAUGGAAUAUAUGAUCUCUCGCAUUUCUCCAGUACCACCAGGAGCAUGGCAGGAUGGCUAUCCUCCCCCACCAAUGAAUCCAUCACCCAUAAGUUCUUCUACACAGGGACAAAGAAGCAUUAAUUCUGUUCCACUUGGCAGGCAACCAAUAAUCAUGCAGAGUUCUACCAAUAGCAAGUUUAGUUUUCCAUCAGGAAGAGCUGGAAUACAAAAUGGCAACUGUCAGGCUGAUUUCAUGGUUCAUCAAAACGUUGUAUCUGGGAACUCGGUCAAUCGUCAGCCACCCCCUCCAUACCCUAUAUCCCCAACUAACAGGCAAAGUCCUACAGCUUUGCAGAUGCAAGCAGGAGGAGCUAUUCCCCCUUCAGGAUACACUAAUGGAAACAUUCCUCAGUCCAUGAUGGUGCCAAAUAGAAACAGCCACAACAUGGAACUUUAUAACAUAAAUCUACCUGGCAUGCCAAUGUCCUGGUCACAGUCUUCUGCUGCUCCACCCCAAUCACCACCUGGCAGUGGACAUGAAAUUACUACAUGGCAACCCAAUAUUCCAGUAAGAUCAAAUUCUUUCAAUAACGCUCAUGGGAAUAGACAGAGUCACUCUAGCAGUUCUCAGCCUUCAGCCACCACAGUGACAGCUAUAACUCCAGCUCCCAUUCAGCAACCAGUAAAAAGUAUGCGAGUAUUAAAGCCAGAGGUGCAGACUGCCUUAGCACCAACUCACCCUUCUUGGAUGCCACAGCCAAUGCAAGCUGUCCAACCAGUCUCCUUUUCUGAGAAUCCAUCUAACAAUGUGGCAAUUAUGCCUGUUGCAGAAGCUCCAAAUUACCAGGGUCCUCCACCUCCUUACCCAAAACACUUGCUACAUCAGAAUCCAUCCAUCAGUCCAUAUGAGACAGGAACCAAACCUAGCAAAGAAGAUCAGCCUAGUUUAACUAAAGAAGAAGAGAUUGAAAAGAAUAAUGAAUGUGGUGAUGGGACAGAUAAAGAAAAAAAACAAAUAACAACCUCUCCUGUUCCUGUCAGGAAAAAUAAGAGAGAUGAAGAGCGAAGGGAGUCUCGCAUUCAAAGCUAUUCUCCUCAGGCCUUUAAAUUCUUCAUGGAGCAACAUGUGGAAAACAUACUCAAAUCUCAUCAGCAACGGUUGCAUCGUAAGAAACAACUAGAGAAUGAAAUGAUGCGGGUUGGAUUGUCCCAAGAUGCCCAGGAUCAAAUGAGAAAAAUGCUGUGCCAGAAGGAGUCUAACUACAUUCGUCUCAAAAGGGCUAAAAUGGACAAAUCAAUGUUUAUAAAAAUUAAGACUCUUGGGAUUGGGGCAUUUGGAGAGGUUUGCUUAGCAAGGAAAGUGGACACUAAUGCUUUAUAUGCAACAAAAACCCUGCGGAAGAAAGAUGUGCUGCUUCGGAACCAAGUUGCCCAUGUUAAAGCUGAGCGGGAUAUCCUUGCAGAGGCUGACAAUGAGUGGGUUGUUCGCCUGUAUUAUUCAUUCCAAGAUAAGGACAAUUUGUACUUUGUAAUGGAUUAUAUUCCAGGAGGUGAUAUGAUGAGCCUGUUAAUUAGAAUGGGUGUCUUCCCAGAAAAUCUGGCACGAUUCUAUAUAGCAGAGCUGACCUGCGCAGUUGAAAGCGUUCACAAGAUGGGUUUCAUUCACAGAGACAUUAAACCUGAUAACAUUUUGAUUGAUCGCGAUGGCCAUAUUAAAUUGACUGACUUCGGACUUUGUACAGGUUUUCGAUGGACUCAUGAUUCGAAAUACUAUCAAAGUGGUGACCAUUCACGUCAAGACAGCAUGGAUUUCAGUAAUGAAUGGGGUGAUCCAGCAAACUGCAGAUGUGGAGACAGGCUUAAGCCACUUGAGCGUAGAGCAGCACGUCAGCAUCAACGCUGUCUGGCACAUUCACUUGUUGGCACGCCUAACUAUAUUGCACCAGAAGUACUGUUACGAACAGGAUAUACCCAACUGUGUGAUUGGUGGAGUGUUGGAGUAAUUCUUUUUGAAAUGUUGGUGGGGCAGCCUCCCUUCCUGGCGCAAACACCACUGGAAACCCAAAUGAAGGUUAUCAAUUGGCAAACAACUCUUCACAUCCCGCCUCAAGCUAAACUGUCUCCAGAGGCCUCUGACCUUAUUAUCAAACUCUGUCGAGGGCCAGAAGACCGUUUAGGCAAGAAUGGUACAGAUGAAAUAAAAGCUCAUCCAUUUUUUAAAGCUAUUGAUUUUUCAAGUGAUCUACGACAGCAGGCUGCUUCAUAUAUUCCUAAAAUUACACAUCCUACAGAUACAUCCAAUUUUGACCCAGUUGAUCCAGAUAAAUUGUGGAGCGAUGAUAAGGAAGGGAAUGUAAAUGACACACUUAAUGGGUGGUACAAGAAUGGGAAACAUCCUGAACAUGCUUUUUAUGAGUUCACAUUUCGAAGGUUUUUUGAUGACAAUGGCUACCCUUACAACUAUCCAAAACCCAUUGAAUAUGAAUAUAAUAAUCCACAAAACCUGGAGCAGGAAUCAGAUGACGAUGAGGAGCAGGCAGGCAAAGGGAUUCAAAAUCGUGAUCUAGUUUAUGUUUAGUAGAGAAGUUGAAGUAGUUCAACCGUGUGUUUUGAUGUUGGGAUUUUUUUUAAAAUCUCUUGUUAUAAAAGAAAUAACAUAAGAUUGCUUAGGUAAAUAUAUGCACACUUUAUUAAAAAUUAUCAUUAUCUCAGAGUUCUGUAUCUUUGCUUUCUGUACAUUUUGUUUCCCCAAAAUGAAGGGAAAAUCUUUUAAAAUGUUAACUUAUUCCAGCAUUAUUAAUCAUUAAUUUAGAAAGGAAUUGAUGUUAGGAAGAACUGUGGUUUAUGAUGAUUUCUUCGUACUUUAAGUACUCAAUAUAGGAAAUAGUGAAUUCUUAAAAGGAAAUGCCUGUUAUCUAUUUGUAAAUAGGUUAAGUAAUUUAAAAAUAAAAAUCUUUUUCAGAAUUUGUGAAUGAUAGUUCUGCCUUGCUUUGACCAAAUAUAAAUCUUAUCGUACACUUACAAAAGUAUCUGAUACCUCUCUGAUACAAGCUGCUGUAUUGUGGCUUUUCACAAUAUCACGCUUGAUUGUUAGCAAAAUUAAGCCUGUCUGAUAGGUAAUUCCCAGUCAGUAUGGUAACUGCACAGUUCACAGCUUUGAAACUAGGAAGCAUCAGUCUCUCUGUAAUGUGACUAUAAAUGGUUUGAAAAAAGCUUAGCGUUUUUAUUUAUAUUUAACUUAUAUUGAAAGUAUAAUUAGAUUUAGAGCACUGUGAUACCUAAAACCAGUAAUAGUAUUUACUUAUUAGCAAUUAGCUCUCUCCCUGUUAGUCUGUCUUGCAGAUGGGGGAGGAAUAACCCUUUAGAAAAAAAUAGCCUGAAAUCUGACUGAAGCCAAACUGUAAAGUCUUAAAUUGCUCCAAUCAGAAAAUGUAUAGCUUGAAAAUUGUUUUGAAAAUAGACAUUUUUAAGGUCAAUGCCUCUUGUUUACUACAGUCAUCUAGGCCAUUGUACUGGAAUUCUUGCUCCCUGAGCAUCUUGAAACCAUGCUCAGAGCUGAUAUCACAACAGUGUAAGGAGUAUGUGCAGUACCACUAUGGUGCUAUCAUGAUAAAUGAUUUUAAAAUAAUUUUAAGAAAAGAAACCUGGUUUUUAUGAAUAUUUGCUUAUAUUUCUAUUCUGAAGCACCUAUCAUGAUGAAAGUAUAUUUAUAUAAACUAUGCAUUACUUUUAAUAAAACUAUUUUUCUAUAGUCUGAA